GCAUGCGCGACAAACGUGUUCGUCCACCUGACAAAGAUGGCGGAUAGAUGAGAAAUCAUAAUGAUGUCUCGGAAUUUUCACCAUAUUUGCGGGAACGUAAGAGAGCACAAUUCUGCUGCAGAAAAUAUUUAGCCCUCUAUGGUCCUAAUAAGCAGAUUUGACAUCUAAACCAUGCUAAAGUGGUUUGGCUCUGAAGAUGCCGGCUCUUCACCCGGAGCCGGCGAGGGUGGUGUUAACCCCUCUCUCUCUGAGGAGACUGAGCGUUUGGCUCAGAUGGAGCAGCUCGUGUCUCAGUUGAAAGAGAUGAUCCGAGAAAAAGACGCAGCUCUGCACACUAAAGAUGAACAGCUCAAGACUGAAAAGGAUGCGUGCGAGGCAAAGAUGUCUAAGAUGCGGCUCCAGAACAAAGCGAAGGUCACGUCUCUAAACUCACAGCUGGAGGAGCUGAGGAAACAGCAGGGGGAGCCAGGGGGGGGCAAAAACAAAACGCCACAACUCAAACGGACUGGCAGUGGAGAAUCGGGGGAAACAGAGCUCUCCGGAGCCAGCAGAGGAAAAAUUUUGUUGCUUAAAAAGAAAGUGGAAGACCUCGAGCAGCAGCUUGCACAAAAAAAUCAGGAACUGCAUCUGAAGACACAGGAGCUGGAAGCCCAGAGGGAGCGUGGUGCUGAGAUAGAUGCCAUGUUGGUGGAAAAAGACAAACGCCUGGCUGAGAAAGAGGACUAUAUUGUUCACUUACAGAUGGCCAUAGGUGGAGAGAAAGCAGUCACAACAGUGCAGCAAAUAACACCGGAAAACAAGGAAUCGUCGGUGCAGGAGCUGCAGAUGCUGGUGAACAAUCUGACGAAAAAAGUUGGUGAUGGAGAAGAGAAGUACAGCCUCCUAAAGGAGCAGAACGACAGUUUCAAAGAGCUGUUGGUGACCGAGAGAGCUCAGUUUGAGGAGAAGGAGAACAUGUACAAGCAAAAUAUCCAGACAUUUAAGGACAUCAUUUUACAAAAGGACAACAGUUUAAUGGAGAUGAAUCAGUUGCACGAGCAGGAGCUUUUUAAACUUGCAGCUAAGUCAGACGCUAGUGCAGAUCUUGAGCAGCUUUUGAAGGCUCUUAAACAGAAACUGCACGAAAAGGAAGAGGUUCUUCUGGGAAAAACUCAGGUGAUCGACGUACUUCAGGGAGAAGUGGAUGGAAGAGAUCAACAAAUCCAGGAGUUGAACGAGCGCUUGAGACGCUUACAGAGUGAGAAGGAAAACCUGCAGUCUAAGAUGGAGGCUGAGAAACACAUCAUGCGCACUCAGGUUCGGGACCUCAUGGAGAAACACCAAGAGGAGCUGAAGAAAGUGACCGAGAAAUACGAGAUGGAGAUGUCAGAGAAGGAGAUCAUGAUGUCCUCAGUCACCACGUCUGCAGACUUGCCUCCUGACCCAUCGAUGAACCAGAGACUCUUAGAACUUGAAGCCCAAGCCAAGCUAAAGGCAGAAGAGGCCAGCAAAUCGGACGCAAAGUUCUUAAAGAUGAAGGCCUGGUCCAAAUCCCGCAUCCGACAGCUAGAAGAUGAACUGAAGAAAGCGCAGUGUGGAAACGUGGCCCCUGAUGUAGGUGCACUCCGUAGCCGUGCUAACGAACUUGAAGAGGAGAGAGACGAGCUGCUGUGUAAACUCGAGCAAUACGAUGAGCUCAAGGCCAAAAACGAUGUUUUAGAGGCCAAGCUGGUGGUUUAUGAGGAACAGCAGAGAAAAAUGCAGGCGGAUCUGGAACAGGUCACCAAGAGAGCCGCCUCCCAGGCGAGUGAAUCUGGAAGCAUGGAUGAUGCUCAGAGUCAGGUGAUGGAGUGGCAGGAUAUGAUGACGAUGGUGGCUGAAGCUGAAGCUGCACGAAAUCAGAUCCGAGAGGAGAAAAACGUGCUGGAAAUCCGAAUGAGCCACAUAGAGGAGGAAAGAGAGGCAUUGGCCAAUCGGCAGCGGGAGUUGGAGGAGGAGUUGGCUCAGGCUCGAGGGCACCGUCCACAAAAGGGCAAGAAGACGGCAAGCUCCAUCCCCCGCAACCUGCAGGAGGACUUUGAGUUCGACAGGUCAACUUUCCCUGAUUCCCACAAUCCCUCUGGCAGUGUCACUCCGAUGGAAGGGGAGAACAUGGGAGGUUGGUGGCCUGAAUUCACUGCCUCAAACUCAGAGGGUCUGAGGUCUGUUGUGGAAGAACUGGAGCUUGAAAGAAAUCAGCUGCAGGAGCAAAUCCUUGGACUAGAAGAGCGGUGUCAGGACUUGGAAGAUCGACUGCAGUUACAAGCUCGCAUUGAGUCCCUACAGAAUGAAUCUGAGAAACUGCAAGCUCAGCUUAGCAGCCUGCGCAGUCAGCAAACCAGAGAUGCUGAAAAGCAUCAGCUCCUUGUCACAAGUUUGAAUGAACAACUCAAAGGGCUAAGCAGCACACAAGAGACUCUUGAAUCAUCUCUGAUGGAGAAAGAGCACAUACUCGCCCAAACAUCGGAAAAACUACAGCUUAUCGACAGUCUGAGAGAUGGACUGAAGGAGAAGGAGGAGCAACACAAAGAAGUUGCUGAUAAACUACUACAGACUGAAAACAAUCUGACUGAAGUGACCAAGAAAUGCAGUACAUUUGAGAAGCAGUGCACAGAAAUGAAAGCAACAGUUGCAGAGCUCAUGCAGAAGCUUAAUGUGCUGAAGGAGAAGACGCAGAGACAAGAAGCUAUGAUUGAAUCGUUGCAGAGUGACUUGGAUCAAACCAAUGAUGAGCUGGACAAGCUAAACACCACACAUUUAGAAGAAAGAGUGCAGCUUAUUCAUGAUCUCCAGAGCUGCGAAAGAGAAAUUGACAGCCUCAAAGAUAUUAUUGCAGACAAGGACAAGGAAAUUUCAGCUCUUUCAGGCAACAUGAUGGAAUACGCAGAGCAAAUUCAAGAGCUUAAACAGAAGAUAAGGCAUAAAGAGGAGGAUUUAGUUCGUAUUGAGAGUGCUCUGGUUAAAUCAGAACAGGAAGCUCAAAUCAUUAGAGAAUCACAGUCUUCUGACCAGCAUUCCCUUAAUAUGAAAGUAGCUGAGCUGAUGGACCAACUCAGGGUCUCGGAGAGUGAUCUAAAUGAGGCCCGAAAAGACAAAGAGUCAAAAUUAAAUGAAAUUAAGGAACUGCUUAAUCAACUGGAAGAGGACAAGCUCACGAUACAAAAUCUCAACAUGGAAAUUCAGAAGCUGAAUGCAAGUCAGUCUGCUCACCUUACCGAAUGCGAAACUCAAAUUUCAUCACUGAAGGAACAAAUGCUCACUGCUACUCAAAAACUUCAAGACUCUGAAGAUGUUCUUGUACAGCUAAAGGACACCAGAAAUUCCAAUGAGAAGCUUAAAGAGCAGAUCAUCAACCAGGAACAGACUUACGAGAAGGAGAUGAAGACUCUCAAGGAGGAACGUAACAAGCUGCUGGCAGAGGUUACAAAAUAUAAUAACGAACUUAAGUCUUUAUCCAGUCAGCUUCAAGAACAGGUCAAGUGCCAGGAACAGGUAAAACUUGGGGUUGAAGAGAAACUGGAAACUAUAACAUCGCUGGAGGAAAAUCUUAGGACUGUGCAGGAAAAGACAGAAGAAGAAAAGAAGAUACUACAAAAAGAGUUGACUGGCAAAACGAAGACCAUUUCAAAGCUGGAAGCAAAGUUGAAAUCACUUAAGGGUGAAAAUCUAGGUCUUCAAAAAUCUCUUGAGGAGAAUUCACAGACCCAAAAACAACUUUUGCAAGAAUCUCAGGAAGAAAUGGAUGUACUGCACAACCAGAAUGUCAGUUUGCAGUCCCAAGUGGAGGACCUUACCAAACAGAAUCACGUUCUUAAGCAGGAAGUUGAGAACAAGGUUCAGUUGCUGCAACAAGUUUCAGAGGAGAAAGACAUGCUGCUGAGGAAAACAGCAGAACUUGAAUCGCAGCAUGUGGAAAAUGGAAAAAUGCUAGAAGACCUGAUUAAAGAUAAGGAACAGCUCAAUGAUCGAGUCACAGAGCUUGAGCAAAACAAGCAGUCUCUUUCUGAACGUCUGUUGGAGAAGACAAGCGAGUGUAGUCAGCUUAAAGAGUUAUUGGAGAACAGUAAAGAGCUGGUCGGUCUUUUACAAAGCCAAAUUGAGGCCUUGAACACUCAGGUAAACCAAUUCAACUGUAAAAUAUCAGAAAAUGAGAUGGCUCUGGUUGAGAAAAGUGCACAAAUAGAUGCUCAGCAGAGUGAAAUUAUGCAGCUACAGGAGACCUUGAAUUCAGGGCAAUUUGAGAAGGAUAACCUUUUACAGCAACAAGCUUCUCAGUUCACUUCUUUACAGAGUGAACUUGCACAACAGAGGGAUCUUUUUUCAAAGCUUCAUAUCGAGUAUGAUUCCCUCAGAGAAGAAAGUACACAACUCAGUCAAAGCCUUCAGGAGCGAAACACAGCUCUCAGUGAUAAGACUCAUGAGUGUCAAACCCAUAUAAAUGAACUGGACAAGAGGAACGCAUCUCUCGCUUCCCUCAGCAGUCAGUUAGGGACCAUGAAUGAGCUUAAUGUCAAACUUGAGGCUGAAAAUGGUGACAUGAAAAAGUUCCUAGAAGAGUUGCUUGCCAAUAACAAGAAACUAACUGAAGAAUUGACUCUCAGGCAGGCUAAUAUUAUUGAGCUUCAUAACAACAUUCAGGCACUGAACACGCAAAACCUACAAAUAAGAGCUUUAUAUGAGAAUAAAGAGAAGGAGCUAGCUGAGUUAAGUCAGGUUGUGUCUGAAAUGGAUAAAAAGGUAGCAAUGACACUGGAAGAUAAGGGAAAUCUUGCUUCUCAAAGCUCAAUCCUCACUGAGCAAAAUAGUAACAUUCAAAAAGAGCUAGAUGAUUUAGCAAAGGAAAGAAGCUUUUUAAAUGACAAAAUAUCUGGGUUUGAGAUGCAGCAUGCAGAAAACCGUAAAAUUAUAGAGGGUUUGCUUAAAGAUAAAGAAGAGCUUAGCAAAACAAUAGAGCAAAAGCAGGAAACUGUACGUGAAAAGACUACUGAAUGUGAAUCUCUCUCAAGACAGUUAAAGGAGAGCAAAGAGACCAUAAACCACUUGAAUGAACAGGUGAAGAUGUCAGAUUCUCAAUUUAAUAGCAGUUUUGCUGAAAAAGACCAAGUAAUUUCAGAUCUCCGUAAACAGCUCAAGGGUGAUCAGGACCAGCUUACUCAGCUGCAAGAAACUCUCUCAUUACUUCAGGAGCAGGGCAGUGCUCUUAAGUCAGGACUUAUGGAAAAAGAUGCUGCUUUACAACAACAGUUUAAGGAGUGUUCUUCCUUACAAGGUGAGCUUAAUCAUCAGCGAGAGCUUUACACAAACCUCCACACUGAGAACGAGAAGCUUAAAGGGGAAUGUUCACAAUUGGUCCAGGAUUUGAAAGUGAAAGAAGGUGAAUGUUGUAAUCACACUGACGAGCUCAACAAAAGAAAGGGGUCACUUAUCUCACUUAAUAGUCAGUUGGCAUCCACAAAUGAAAAUGUUGCAAAGCUUCUCUUGGAUAACGAGCAUCUUAAAAGUUCUUUGGAGAGUCAUUUAGCAGAAAGUGCAACACUGAAAGAGGAACUGACCCAGAAACGAGUCGAGCUGGUGAAUCUUCAAGAUAACAUUCAGGCACUAAGUGAGGCAAAUAGUACAAUGAAAGCAGAACUCCAAAAAAUAGUGGGAGAGAUAUCCCUAAGGAAAGAAGAAAUCUGUGCUCUUCAGAGUCAAUUGUCCAACAGGGAUGGCGAUUUAACAUGUUUGACUCAGCAGCUAGCAACCGAGCGUUCCAAAGCCGAAAGCUUACAUCUGGAAUUGCAGCAAAAAGAGGAGUCAUUUAGACAACAGGAGACAUUCUUGAGUCAAUUACAGGUCAGAUUUGAAUCAGACGAAGAUCAGAUCAGCCAGAAAAUGGAAACCAUUGCUGAGCUACAGAGGGAUGCUCAGAACUUACAAAGAUCACUUCAGGAGAAAGAUGUCUUGCUGCUCAAGAAAGAUCAAGAGAUCGCUCAGUUGGGUGAAAAGAUAACAGCAGAAUUAGAGGUGUCUAAAGCACGAAUGAAAUCUGACAUGGAGGUCAUCUCUAAAUUACAAGGAGACUUGCAGAUGUUGUUUGAGAAAAAUGACUGCCUAAUUGCUGCUGUAGCUGAAAAAGAUGCUCUGUUGAACAAUGAAGUAGAAAAGGAGCUGAGCAUGAAGGCUAGUGCUGCCAAGCUUGAAGACAGAAUUUCCCAACUGACUUGUGAAGCACAGGGCUUAUCCUCAGAGACAGCACAACUCAGGGUCAUAAUAGCUGAGAAAGAUCAGGUCCUUCUUGACACUACAUCUAAACACUCCGCAGAGGUCAGCAACCUGAAUGAAACCCUGAAAGUCAAAGAUUUAGAAAAUGACAACUUAAGACAAGAGUUGGCCCGACUCCAAGAAUCGGUUUCAGUAUUGAACAGCAAUCUUGGUGAACAGUCUGCAGAGGUAGCAAGACUAAAAGCAGCCCUUGAAGAAAGUGGUUGCACUAUGGUGGACCAAACUAAAGCUCUUCAGGAUCUUCAGAGGAAGGCUGAUGAGGCUGCCUUGUUCAAGAGUCAGUUUAUGGAAAGUACAGAACUAGUGUCUGAGCUGCAGAGUCAAACUCAGGCACUCAAGGAAGAGACUGUGAGGCUUUCCAUAGCAAUAGAAGAGAAGCAAAGUGCCUUAACAAACCUUCAGGAUAAAUUUGCUUUUCAAGUGGAAGAACUUCAAGAAGCAAAGAAUCUGCUGUCCCAAAAGAAUGAAGAAUUGUUGAACCUCAGCCAGAUGAUAAGUGAACGAGAUGGACAAAUAUACGCCCUUAAACAGGAUUCGUUGUCGUUGCAGAGUGAGAUCCAACAACUACGAUCGUUUAGUGCUGACGUUUCAAAGCAAAAGGAUGAUGCAUUAGUUGCCCAGCAAAUGAACGCCAACUCCCUGACUAUAGAAAUUGAGAGAUUAAGGGAACAGCACCUUCAAGUUGCAGCCCAAGUUAAUUCCCUGACUGAGAACCUUGAGCAAAGGGAAUUGGCUCUACAUGCUAUUAAUAAUCAAUACACUGCUCAGGUAAAACAUACAGAGCAUGUCAUGUCAGAGAUACAAAAAAUGAAUGAGUUGUGCAAGAAGCUGCAAGAGGAAAACAGUUUGACCAAGCAGGAGCUAGAGCGAGUCAACAGUGAAAAGAUACAAAAGGAAGAAGAGGUCCAUAAAUUAGUUCUGGAAAAAGAGGAGUUCAGAAGGAAUUACAGUUCUGAGAUUCAGCGGACACAAGAACAGCUGCAGCUCCAAAGUCAACAGCAACAUGGUAGCAUGGAGAAUAUGAAGACAGAGAUGGAGCAGCUCCAGGUCCAGGUUAGUGCCAAAGAUGAUAUUAUCACCGGAUUGAAAUCAGAAGUUCAGAGAGUUGAACAAACUCUUCAGGAGUCUGAAAAAGAGUGGCUUUCAGUUCUUGAUAGGGAAACACAGACUAAGAAUGUCCUUGCUGAGCAGCUCAAAGAAAUUGAGCAUGAAUUGAUGUCCAAAGACAGUAAAGUGCAUGCUCUGAAACAGGACCUAGAUCAUUUAAAUGAAAAGUUAGCUGAAGCCACACUGGCUAUUGAACAAGGCUCAGAGAGACUUAAGGAGAAAGAAUUGGAUGCUUUAAUGAGUCGAAGCAAAUUAGAGGAGAUUGUGUCCACCGUUCAAGUAAAGGAUAGAGAGAAUACUGAAUUAAGACAGGUCUUACAUGAUAAGCAAAUAGAGCUCCACAAAUUGGAAAAAAGCCAGGAGUAUGCUCAGAAAGAGGUAUCCCGUUUAACACAGUCCAUGUCAGAUAAAGAAGUGGCUUUUGUAGAAGAAAAUGUUUCCUUGCAAUCCACAAUUAAACAGUUGCAAGAAGACCAUAAGUCUCAAGUAUCUUCCUUUAAACAGGAAUUAGCUAAGUUAAAAAAGGAGCUAGAGCAAAGGCAUGUGGAGGGCCUAGACAAUAAAAGGGAUAGUGAAAGCAAGAUCGCUUCAUUGUCUGAAAGUAUUAAAAAUCUUGAAGAAAAACUCAUGACAGAAAUCCAGAAAUCAGAAAUGCUCAAAGAGACUAAUUUGAAACACAAUGCACUUAUCCAAAAGAAAGAUGAUGAAAUCAGUUGUAUGAGCAUUCAGAUCAGUCAGCAAAAAGAACUGCUCACUGCACUCAGCCAGCAGUUAAAAGUGAGGGAUACAUCAGUAACACAGGUGGUCGCAGCUGCCUCAAAUGAAAGGAUAAAACAUGAGGAGCAGAAAAGCAAUCUGCUUUCACAGCUGGAAGAGACAAAAGGACAUCUGUCUCUUUGCCAAAGUCAAAUGGAAAAUACAGAAUUGGAAAACAAGACUUUGGUGAAAGACAACAAUGAACUUAAAAUUGAAAUUUCCAGUGUAAUUAAAGAAAAAGAGGCCAUGAAGAAAAAGCUUCAAGCAGCGCUUGUUGUCAGAAAAGAUUUGCUGAAGAAAAUAGAGGAACAUGAAAAACAAAAUGCAGAAAGUGCAGAGAACAAAGUAGAAAUGUCAGCUUUGCAGGAGAAAUUGGAAGAACUAAAGAUGCAAAUACACUCUCUCAAAAAAGAGCAUAAUACAACUGUUUCUGAUCUUAGUCAGCAAUUAAAGGAUAAAGACAGUAAAAUCAGUGAGUUAUUGCUCUUCAUGUCAGAAAAAGAGCAGAUCAUAGUGCAAAUGGAAGACAGUGCUCAUUGUUUACAAGGCAGAUUGAAGGAACAGGAGGAGAAUUUGAUCUCCACGCUCCAGAAACUAGAAGAACAGAGGCAUUUAAUUGACCAGCUGCAAAUUACCAGCGGUGAAAAAGAUGUUGCUUUUGAGACUGAGAAGCUGAAAUUGAGUGCCAAACUUGAGCAACUUGAGAAAGAUGUCAGCAUGACCGACAACGAUGUAAGGAGAGAGAUAUCACGUCAUACUGAAGAAUUAGAAAAUGAGUUGACCAAGGUAAAGAAGGAGAAAGCCGAGCUGCAGAAGAAAGCUCAUGCUGCAUUGUUGGCCCGCAAAAAAUCUCAAGAAAGUCAGAAAAUGUUAAACGAGGAGCUUUGUGAAAUCAAGGCCAACUUCAAAUCUCUUCAGGAGAAGCACGAUCAGCAAACACAUGAAUUUAUGGCUGUACAAUCGAGUUAUGAUCUCAAAGUUCAAGAGCUGGAAUGUGUACUACAGAAUUCAAAAUGUCUGCAAGACAAAAUAGAGACCUUAGAGAGAGGGAUUGAAGAAAGAGAAACAUCCGUGCAGCAUUUACGAGUGUCCUUAGAAGCACAGUCAGUGCAAACAUCAUCGCUUCUUGAAGAGCUAGAGUGUUUUAAACAAAACCUGGAAAAUGUGAAAUCUGAAUUGGCUCGUAAAGAUGAUUUACUAAUCAGUUUGAAAGAACAGUCCAAAGAAAUGGCAGAAAACAUGAUGUGUGCAAGAUCUGAACUUGCUAAAGAAAUCACAGAGAAGAAUGAUGAAAUUGCAAAGCAAAAGGCUUACAUCCAAACUACUGAACAGCAACUUAAGGACCUGCAACAAAGCAUGACCAAGCUGCAGUCUGACAAUCAAAAUCAGUUGGAUAUGAUUAAUGCAUCUGUUGAAGAAACACGAUCAUCCGUACUUUGUGAAGAGUUAGAGGGUCUUAAACAGAAAUUAGAAAAGAUAACCUAUGAAAUGGUCCAUAAAGAUGAACUACUGGUCAAGUUGGAGGAAAGAUCCAAAGAAAUGGUUGAGAAGUCACUGUUUGAAAGAUCUGAACUUGUUAGAGAGAUCAAUGAGAAGAACCAAGAAAUUGAGAGCCAAAAGUUAUGCGUUCAAACAACCGAAAGACAACUUGAGCAGCUUAAAGAAAAUAUGACCAAGCUACAGACUGAGAAUCAGAAUCAAUCGGCAUCUUUUGAAGAGUUUAAAUUGAGUUUGAAGGCAGCUGAAAGUGAAGAAUGCAAGAAAAACCAGAAUGACAUGGAAAGACUUCGUCAAGAAAGAGAUGUCGUAACAACAGAGCUGGAGUCUGCCUUACAAAUGGUCACUCAGAGAUCGGAACAAGUGCAAGCUUUGCAGAAUGAAUUAACUGUAACUCGGCAGCACGUUUCUUUGGAACGAUCCCAGUGGCAAGAAGCAAAAUCUGAAGUUGAGCAACUGAAAUUGGAAAUAGAAACACUACAGAGAGAAAAAGAGAGCUGCAUCAUGAACUUUGAAAAGUCCAAACAGGAUUUUGCACAACUUGAGUCACUGAUAAAGCAACUUGAAGCACAACACAAGGAGCUUCUGAUUAAGAAUGAAUUACUUGACAAGAGGGUUGCAUCAGACAAUACGCCAUCCGUACCAUCUGAAUGCUCAAGAGUGACCUGCGAACAGCAAUCCCAUUUUAAAGAGGGUUCUAAUAAUACUCUGUUAGAGUUUCAGUCUCUGAUCUCAGAAAAGGAGGCACUCAUAUCUGCUCUAGAACAACAACUUCAGAGACAAAUUCAUCUCCAUGAGGUAGAAAUGGAAAAAAUGAGAAUUGAAGUCAGUGAGCGGCAGCAAAAACCAGCAGAAAUUGGAGAAAAUAAGUCAGUAGAUCAGCUAACAAAAAAACUUCAAGCUGCUUUGAUUUCUCGUAAGGAGCUUUUGAAGGAGAACCGGGCUAUCACAGAAGAAAUCCAGAAACUACAAUCAAAGAAUGAACAUAUUCAAAGUGAAAUGUCAUCUUUAGAAAGUGUAGUUUCUGAACUCAGACGUCAGAAAAAUGAACUGGAAAGUAACAUGUCCAAGCUGAAUGCUGAAAAACAGAACCUUGCCACAGAUGUGGAUCGAAUUCUGAGUGAUAAUCACAACUUAUCUGCAGCCUGUGAAAGCCUUAAACUUACAAUCGAGAACAUCACCCAACAGAAGCAAGCCUUCUCAUGUCAACUAGAGUCCCUAAAAGAUUCACAGACUGAGGAGUUAUCCGAAUGGAAAUCCAAGCAUGCCGAUUUGAAGCAGGAGUAUGAAUCUCUCCUCCAAGCUUAUGAGAAUGUUAGCAGUGAAAUGGACAAGAUGAGGCAGCUUCUUGAAGGUGCUAAGAGAGAGAGACAGGAAGCUCUUUUAAAGUCUCACAAAUAUGAAUCUGAAAGGGACAUUCUUGGAAAGCAGAUUGGUGAAUUAGAGGAAGAAAAUGACAAAAUUAAAGAAAAAAUUAGAAAGAUUGUCAAGUUGAAGCAACAAAAAAUUGAAGAGCUUGAAAUGGAAAAUGAAAAGAUAAGAAAGGACCUGAUGUCUUUUGAUGACAAACAAAAAUGCACAGUUUAUGAAUUAACUUUAAAAAAUAAUCAGUUGGAAAGUGAAAUGAAGUCCCUUCAAGAAUCAUCAGCGGAGCUCCGAGGACAGAUGUGUGAACUUCAGCAGGAUAACCAGAUCUUGGCAAAGGAACUCAGAGAAACAAGCUUAUCUCUUGAGAAGUGGCACAAGGAAUCGAAAUCGACUGAAAGUAGUCUGCAGCUCAAAUUAAGUGAGGCUCUCCAUUUGAAUGAAACUUUCACAGAGCAAAUAGAGACUCAAAAAACAGAUUUAGCAGUACAUAGUGAGAUGGUUGCACUACUACAAAAGGAGAAAUCAAAUCUUACUGAGAAAUUAAAACAGUCAGAGCAUGAGCAUGAAGUAGAGGUGCGUGAGCGAGACAAAACUAUAUCAGAUCUUCGGCAGGUGAUCGAAAGAAAUACACAAGAAACCAUAAACCUAAGUGAAAAGGUUACCAUUUUGGAAGAUGACAAAUGUAUGCUGCAAGAGGAACUUGAGAACGUCCAAGAGACAUCUGAUAAGGUAAAAAAUGAAAACGAGUAUUUGGAGACUGUGCUUCUAAAAAAUUCUGAAAGAAUUGAUGAAUUGACUGAGGCAGUUAAUGUCUUGCAAUCACAAAGACUGCAGCUCUCAGCUCAACUGAAGGAAGUCAAGGAGGACAAGGCAAAGGUUUGUCAAGAAAAGGAACAGCUACACUUGAAGCUUGUGAAAGAAUUUGAAGAGAAGCUCAAAGCUUUGCAAAGAGGCACCGAAGGGUCUAAAAACAUGAAGAGGGAACUUCAAGAGUUGCUAAAAGAAAAGCAUCAAGAGAUCAACCAACUACAACAGGAUUGUAUUAAAUAUCAGGAACUGAUUUUGAAUCUAGAAAGGUCUUUAAAGCACUCUGAGACCCAAUAUCAACAUGUACAGAAGGAGCUCAAAGACAUGACUGAGAAGGUCACAGAUUUGCAGAAGGAGAAUGGGAGUCUUGAAAAAGAACUUAAAAUGCACAAAAAUAUUCUUAACGAGACCAGUAAGGAACUGUCCAGAGUAACAUCUGAGAAAGAUGUACUUAAGCAGAAACUUGCAGAGAGGCAAGAACGGUCCGAAUUUGAGUCAGCGGAAAAGGAGAAGUCCUUGGAAAAAAUGGCAGAACAGCAGCAAGCCCUUUUGAAAGAACAGCGGUCUGAGCUGCAGAAACAAAUCAAUGACUUGCAAGAGCAGAAUAACAGGGAAGCUCAAGUUAUUGCAUCCUUACACAAACAAGUUGAGUCCAGAGAUUUGCAGAUUAAAACUCUGAAGAGAGAAGCAGAGACUAAUUCGGCCAAACUAGCAGUGUUGAGUGUAGAUCCAAACAUUAGCGAUGCUACAAAGCAAUGGGACAGUAUAUUCCAAAAAGUCUUGCAUGAUAAGGAUAGCCAGCUUCUUGAACAAAACUUGGUUAUUAUUCAACUGUCAGAGGACAAUAGCGAGAAAGCUAGAGUGCUAAAAGAUAUGCAGGUUAUGAACAGGAAAUUGGAGGGGACUUUGAACGAAUAUUCGGUUGCAGCUGCAGCACACCAGAGGCAGCUCUUUGUAAUGCGUGCAAGCAAUACUGAACUCAAUCAAAACCUUGAAAUACUUACAAAACGGUCAUCCGAACAAAGUGCCUUAAUUGAGAGGUUAGUAAAUGAUAAAAGCACACUUGUGAAACAACUUGAUGAGCAAAAAUACUCUGUUUCCCAAGUAAAGUCCAGUCUUGAGCACUCAUCUAAAAUGUUAUCAGACAAAGAAUCUGAGCUCCUUUUAGUCCAGGCCCAGUACAGCAAACUUCUAGUUGACUUGGAGAAACAAGAAGCCAUUUCAUUGCACUUGAAAUCUCUUAUUCAGAGCAAAGAUUCUGAGAUAUCCUCUCUGUUAUCCUCAAAAGAUGGGCAGUUGUCAGGGUAUCUGGAGCAGCUUCAGGCUAAUCAUCAUGCUCAAUUAGCAGGCUAUGAGGAUAGAUUAGCUGCUCUCUAUACCAAGAAAGAAAGUUCUGAGAAAGAAGUGAAGGUUUUAGAAAGCAAAGUCCGAAGUCUUCAGACCAGAUUGGACAGAGGUGUUCAGGAGAAGGAACAGAUGCUAAUAAAUGUUGACACUUUAAGGAACUCAAUAUUGUCUUUGCAGUCUGAGAAAGAACGUUUGACCUCAGAAUUAAAGCAGAUUAAGGAACAGGGUAAAGAAGAAUCUGCUGAGAAUGUGACCAAGAGCUUAAAACAAGAGAUCAAAACCCUUCUUCAUCAGAUGGAUGACCUCAAUUCAGAGAAUGCUAUGCUCAAAGCGCAGCUCAUCAGAUACAGAGAGGAUUUAAACCAGGUGUUAUCCCUUAAAGACAACCAGCUGAAGGAUCUACUCAAAAAGCAGCAGGAUUCAAUAAGAAACCUUGAGAACCAAAAAAGAACUGUUGAAAUGCAUCAUCGUGAUGCCCUCCUAGAGGCACAGAAGGAAGCAGAGGAAAUCAAAGCCUUAAAAGAAGAGAAAGCUAACCUACAUUCUCAGGUACAAGAACUGGAAGACAGUUUAUCGGCCUUACAGAAGGAGAGACAGGAGACAAAUGAGAGUAAAGUGAUUGCUGAUUUGCAGCAAGCCAUAGCAGCGAAAGCUUCUGAAUGUAAUGAACUUCAGCAAAAGUUGUUUACCCAAAAAGUGGCUGCAGAUGACUUAAACAGGAGCCUAAAGGAAACUAUCAAAAAGUCUGAGAGAAAAUUGGUGGAGGCUGAAGAAAAAUAUAAUGAAGAACUAAGCACUUUUGAGCAUGAAGUUAAUUUGCUGAGAAACGAGAGAGAAACUGCAGACCAGAGGGUUGCAGAUUUGGCCAGAGACAUUAUGCAAGCAGAGCAGGAUUUGUCUGAAGCUAAAAGCCAAAACAAGAAUCUGAAAUCUCAGAAUGAAUCUCUUGGGAAAGCCAUGGCAGCGCUGCAAAAUGACCGGGAUCAGCUCAUCGACGAGUUCAAGAUUUUACGCAGCAGAUACGAUGAAGAACUCAGGGAAGCUACAGCGUCCAUGAAUAAAUAUGAGCAUCAGCUAAAUGAUUCCACCUCAGAGAUAUCAGCUCUUGCUACAGAAAAGAAUGUCUUGGUUCAAAAGCUUCUGGCACUGGAAAGCAAAGAUCCACACUCCAAAUUAUCGGCGCUGGUGAACGAUCUUUCACAAGCAGUAUCAGAGAAAGAGGCCCAGCUUAAACAGGUAUCGCUGGAGAAGAGCUCCUAUAGCAGACAGGUUAAUGCAUUUUCUAAAGCAAUGGUCAGUCUGCAGUCUGACCGAGACAGACUGUUGGAGGAACUCAGGAAGACCAAGAAGGAAGUCGAACAUGGACAGCAAACAAGCCCUGAUAGACUCAAGUCUAUAAAAUCGGAGGAUUCCAAUAGCCUUAGCAUCAGUGUUGGUGCUCUUCAGACUGAGAGAGAUGGCCUGCUUAAGGAGGUUGGAAAUUUGCGGUCUCAGAAUGCCGAGCUGGUGGAGUUGAAGCAAAAAUAUGAUGACCAACAGAGGGCGCUGCAACAAGCACACAUUUACAAACAACAGUUUGAAAAAGACAUUCUGGGAUACCAGGCAGAGCUGGCAGAGCUGAGGUCUGAAAAGAGCCGACUGCAGUUUGAAUGUCAAGCUCUCAGGGAGAACAGCAAGGAGUCAGGGCUUGUUUCAGGUAAAGGCACAUCUUCAGAGCAGGUUGUACAGCUGCAGACACAUCUGCAGCACUGCCUGAUGGAGAUUCAGCAGCGAGAUAUUGGCUUCCAGCAGCUUAACAUCAAGAUGCAGCAGGCUGUGGAGGAGAAAGCUGCUGUUUCUGCUCAAUUGAGAGCCGUGUCUCAGACUCUGAGAGAAACCCAGCUUAGUCUGAGUGAGCUGCAGAACCGCUAUUACUGGAUAGCAAAUCAACAACAAAUCCAGCACUCACCCUCACAGGGUUCAGUGUGUGUGGAAGUUGCUCCUGGAGCCCCUCAAGAAAUCAGCAGUGCUGCGAGUGAUCUGGAUGGACUGGACAUCAGAGAACUCAAGAGCAGACUGGCAGAAGCAGAACUCCAGCUUGACUCCACCCAGCAAAAUGUGUCUCUGCUCAACGACAGGCUGGAGGAGGAAAGGGUGCGGAGACAGGCAGCAGAAGAAGCACUGGGAUUGGCUGAGCAGAGGUUUACGAGUAUGGAACCCAGCCCUUCCAGAUCUUCUCAGCGAGACUUCAGUAUACAGUUAGAGAUGGAGGAGGAGUGGGAAGCUCUGAUUUUAGAUCCGAAGCAACACCUGCUUACACGCACAAUGAAGAGUGGUGUCCACUCGUGCCGCCGCUGGUUGAGAGGCCGCAGUCUUUACUGCUCCAAGAUGCUGACAUCCAGAGCAAAAUCCCGCUACUUCUUCCUGACCUACCUGCUUGCACUCCAUAUUCUCGUCUUCAUGUGUUUCACUGGAGCUUUAUAGGCAUUUAAAACCAACGGCAGAUUGCUUGCUCAAAUGAGGAACAUAGAUUUCAACUUUCGACAACAAUGAGUACUGCAGUUGUGGUCAAAAAGGCUGAGUCCUCAACCACGACCUGUUUUUUUAUUUAAUCAGUUAUCAAACACCGAUAACUUAACAACUUAAAUUUUCUCAAUCACUCUUCUCUAGUAGAAGUGUAAAAGAGUGUGUUCAUAUUAUGUUUGUACACAGUCGAUAUUAAUAUUGAUAACAAACCAAAAUGAGCAAAUCAAGCAAUGGAUACUCUCUCAGAAUAUCAUUGCGUAAAUUCUGCUCUUCUGCUGUAGCUAGUUGGGGUUUUUUUUUGCUUUGUGCAACAAAAAGGAUGAAGCAAAGCAUGCAAAUUAGCUUGCUUUCCCCAAACCACAUACAACUUCAUCAAACAGUAUGUAAGAAUAGUACCGCUAUGAAUUAACUACUGAUUCAGCUACACAGUAAGUGAGGUGUUAUUUCCACAUACUGUAUACUACAGUGGGUCUUUCCAAAAUACUUUGUCUUCCGUGUGUGUGUGUUGUUUUUUCGUUUGUUUGUUUGUUUUUGGGUAAUUGAAUACUCACUACUUAUAUAUACACACUAACUGAUUUAUAGUGGCAUAGAAUGUAUCUGUCUUAAAAGCGUCAUCUUAACAUCAGCUGGGUGUACAAGAUGGCACCAUAAUCAGAGUUCAGUUUCGCAUAAAUACUUCUUACACCUCUAAACAAUACAUCUGCCUCCAUGCUAAACUAGGGAUUCUUCAGUCAUGAGGCUCAACUGAGGGACGUUUUGGUGUUUGGUAACUGAUGGUCGUUUUAAACAGUUUUGGUAACACACUACAUAGAACAAAUAGCCUGAGCUGAAAUGUCAGAUGUCACUGCGUAAACUGAUGAGUGCAUCUGUCAUUUUCGCUGCUGAUGAGGUUCUUGCACUAAACAUUUAUUUAUAGAUUGAGGACCAUCUAGCUGGGCCACCAGUCACAUUUCCAAGUUAGGCGUGUGUCAAUAUUACAUUUUGAUAUUGCCAUAAUUGCGUAACCUUUAAACAUGGUUUAUGAUACUAUGAUAAUAUUGUACUUAAACAAAAAUACCAUCCUCCUGAGUUGGAUCAAUGUUUGCAAACAUAUGCUUUCACCAUCAAUAGCAAGUUCAAUUAAUCUGAACUAAGACCCUUAGAAGACAGCUUUUUAAACUGCACAGAAUUUAUUUUGCUGCACAAAAUGCUGCCUGUAUAGGCAGCCUCCUCUAGGACUUAACACAAGAGGUGUAAUAAUAUUGUGCAUGUGGAAUAUUGCAAUAUGUUAUGUGACCGAUUAUCAGCACAUGCGUAGUGCGUGAGUGAGAAUUUGGAUUGUUGGUUUUUUUUUCUACACUGAAGUGAGUCUAAUAUGCUGGAGAAGUGUGUAUGGGAUUUAAAGUGGUGAGUAUUUACUACACUACGUGUGUGUGUGUGAGAGAGAGAGAGAGAGAGAGAGAAAGAGAGUUACAUUUCCAUCAUAGCUCCUUUAAAACUCAUGUCCAUCGUGUGCUGAAAUACAGUUUUUGCAUCACACACACUUGAUGCGAGAAUGCUGUGUACAUUGUGUGUGUUUGUGUAGGUUGUGCCUGUUGCGACUGCUUGGAGGUUUGGACACCGUGUGUGUAUUUAAUUAUACUGUGAGAUUAAAGAUGGCGAAUGCAUGGUAAAAGAAGCAUUAAUGACAGCAUCUGCAGAUUGUAGUGUCUCCUGCUCCAACAUGCCUUGUUCAGCUCAUCGGUUCCUUAACCCAAACUUCAUGCAGUGUUUUUGCACAUUAGUCUGUUGGAGCAAUGUGUUCCCAGUAUUUUUCUGCUUUAGCACACCAAAUUCAACUCAUCAGAUCAUUAACAUACACUUCCUACUUCACUGUAACACUCAAGCGUGCAUUUUGAUCUGAGAAGUUGCCUGAAAAGUAGGUGAGUUCAAUCAGGUGUGUUAGAGAUUGUUUUAGUAAGUUCAUGCUGCUGAAAACCUGCUCACUGCUCAUAGCCAUUUUUCUUAGUGUUAAAACUGCUGCAGUGCAUUGUGGGUAAUGUGUACAUUCUCUAAAAAGUGCGAGAAUAAAAUAAACACAGUGGAGAAGUCCUGUUAGAUUGUAUUUUGUGUGUUCACUCUUUAAAAAAAAAAAAAAAAAAAAAAAGUUGGCAUUCUAGUAAAUCCAGUAAGUAGACAUGUACAGAGUGCAUCACAGGAAACUAACACAAUGAUGUACCUAAAUUUGUCAACUCAUUAAAAUAUAUAAUUGAAAAUAAAUGAGUAGUUGCAUGUGUGACGUGGGUGUGUACUGAGGGGCCGAGGUGAGUUAGAGCAGGAACAACUGUAACGUGCAGAGCACAGCUGGAAUACACUGCUGUAUAUUAUGCUAUGUGUGUAUAUAUUUUACAGAUGUACUAUAUUUAACACUGUUUACAGGCUGAUUUACUGUAUAAUGCUGUUCUACUCUAAAGUGAUCUGUAAAUAUGGGAUGAUUUAGAGAAAAAUUGAUCUCUAUUUAAAAUGAAAAGUACUGAGUAUUCAAAUAGUCAUUUUCUAUAUAGGGUCUAUUUUUGAGGAGAAUGAAUAGACUCAUGGAGCGAGACUGUGUCUGUCCUCAGUUGGUGGGCUAAAAUGUGUGCAAUAUGGUGGAAUUUUUUUUUUUGUUUUUUUUAAUGAAGUUCAUUUUAAAUAAAGCUAUUAGAAAACCUUA